ACAAACUACAAAUUCUUCUUGCUAGGCUAGUCAUUCAGAGGCACACUCAAGUAUCUGAGUGAUAGUAUCUGUGGCACCUACUACCAGGUCAUGAAUAGAGCGGAAGUCCUAAAUAUCCACGGGCCCCUAAACAAGAAUGAACAGAACUUCAUUAUGGGAGCAGGCUAAUAUUAGCUGUAUUGGCUUCGAAAAUACCAACAUGUUUGUUUCGAGUAUUCCGGAUACUCUUCUUCGAGCUGAGAUAACACGGCGAAACUCAAACGACCAUGCCGCAACCUGUGGUUCAAAAGAAAGAGGUGUUUACAAUACCAAAAUACACGUCCUAGCUCUUUUUCUUAUACUUGUGCUGAGCACUCUUGCAUGUUCAUUCCCUGUACUUGCCCGUCGAUUUCCCCGGUUACCCGUACCGCGCCGAUUUCUUUUUCUAUCUAGGCAUUUUGGAACAGGCGUGUUGAUUGCUACUGCCUUUGUCCAUCUGCUGCCUACCGCAUUUGUUUCAUUGACUGAUCCUUGUCUCCCUCGCUUCUGGAGUGAAACGUAUCGUGCCAUGGCUGGAUUCGUCGCCAUGAUAUCAGUCUUCGUCGUCGUGCUUGUGGAAAUGUUCUUUGCCCUGAAAGGGGCUGGUCAUCUUCAUGGGAGCGAAUAUGAUCAGCUGAUAAAUGAUGCUAGUGUAGAUUUGCCAACGUUGGACCUGCAUGAUGACUUAGAGGACGAACAAGAGCCUGCACAUAGUGUCAAUCCUGGUAGGCUUGGAGCAUAUCAUAGAGCAGAUGCGAUUCCAACAUUGUCGGAUCCUUCUCUUAGCAGCUCGACUGAUGGGCCGGCUCUGUCUAACUCUAGGAAUCACGGCAUGCCGACUGACUGUAUAAACCUCGCAAGGCCACACUACCACAAUACAUUUGACAGGAAGAGCGAUCGCAUUCAUCGACGCUCGUCCUCUAGCGAUCGACAUUCUCAUGCCGAUAUGCACCAAAGGACGAAUAUGGAGUCACCGAGACACAAUCCACAGCGACAAUUACUGCAAUGCCUGCUGCUGGAGGCAGGUAUCCUGUUCCACAGCAUCUUUAUUGGGAUGGCCCUCAGUGUUGCCACGGGCACAUCCUUCAUCGUCCUUCUUGUCGCCAUCUGUUUUCAUCAGACGUUUGAAGGGUUUGCUUUGGGUUCAAGGAUUGCGUCGCUGAUCCCUGACCUAUUUGCUCCAUCCUCCAUGAGACCAUGGCUGAUGUCGCUCGCUUACGGAACCACCACCCCUAUUGGACAGGCCAUUGGCCUGAUAUUGCAUAAUUUCUAUGAUCCAGCCAGCACUACGGGACUACUGAUGGUUGGUAUCACAAAUGCCAUCAGCAGUGGUCUUUUAUUGUUCGCAGGGCUUGUUGAACUUUUGGCAGAAGACUUUUUGAGUGAACCGAGUUAUGCAACACUUAGAGGUCGCAGGCGCGUUGAAGCAUGUGUCGCAGUCAUGGCUGGAGCUCUUCUAAUGGCAUUCGUUGGGGCUUUCGCUUGACUGGCUAAGAUCCAUCCUAAUUUCUUGUCAUAUCAGUCUCAAGUACAUAGCGCUUUCGUUCAAGGAUAUCUAAGAUGCAGUUCAUAAUUCCCUCUCCAUUCAAUCAUCUGGGACUUACCGA